AUGGCACGUGUGGUAUAUUCAAUAGUCAUCCAGCAGCACAACGGAGCAACCGAGCCGAUACCCUCACAAUCGAAUAACUACAUCGAAUGGCAACCGGCUGCCGCAUCUCCUCAUCAUUAUCAGAAGCCUGCACCA